CCCCGCCACGCCCUGAGCCCCCCGCUGCCCCCCGCAGCCGCCGCGGGACCCCCGCGGGAGGGACCCCCGCGCCCAUGGGGGACGCGCCGGUGCCGGAGCUGGAGGCGGUGCUGGCGGGGGGCGCCUGGGAGGUGGGCACGGAUUUCGAGGGGUGCCCCGCGCCCCCCGCGCCCGUCCGCCUGGGCAGGGACGUCUGCUACGUGGUGCUGGCCGUGCUCUUCAACCAGGAGGACGCCGUGCUGCUGGUGCAGGAGGCCAAGGCCGGCUGCCGGGGCCGCUGGUACCUGCCCGCGGGCCGCGUGGAGCCCGGCGAGCCGAUCGCGGCCGCGCUGCGCCGGGAGGUGCGGGAGGAGUCGGGGCUGCUCUGCGAGCCCCUGACCCUGCUGGCCCUGGAGGAGCGCGGGCCCGCCUGGAUCCGCUUCGCCUUCCUGGCACGGGCCACCGGUGGGACCCUGAAGACCCUGGCGGAGGCGGACUCCGAGUCCCUUCAGGCCACCUGGUGGCGCGGGGACCCGCGCUCGCUGCCGCUGCGCUCGGCGGACAUCCUGCCGCUGCUGGAGCUGGCCGCCCGCUACCGCCGGAGCCCCGCGCACCCCGCCACGCUGCCGCGGGAGCUGCCCUGCUCCCCGCUCUGCCUGCGCCUCCUGCUGCCCUUCACCAACGCCACCGGCGACCUUUGGGUGCUGCUGGCCACCGGUGACACCCCGAGGCUGCCCGUGGUGGCGUGCGGCACGUCCCGCUCCGAGCUGCGUGCGGGGCUGCUGCGGCCGCUGCUGCGGCUGCUGCGGGAGCGCCUGGCCUGGGAGCCGCAGCCCGCGGCUCUGGGGCUGCUGGGGCUGCAGCACCGCCCCGGGGGCUCCGGGGACACCGACGGGAUCUGCUUCAACGUGCUGCUGAGCGUGGCACCGGCUGCGGGGCGGGAGCGGCCGCCCGAGCCCCGACACCCCGCGCUGCGCUGGUGGCCGGUGCGGGAGGAGGCGAUGCGGGAGCGCGUCCUGCAGAGGCUGCGGGGCACCGUGCCCGUCCGCAGCUAGCGCACGGGAGGGGUGGGAUUGGGAAUUUGGGGGGCUGUGCUAAAGGGGGAGCCCCCCGGGAUGUGCUCCCGUGGGUGCGGGGCGCUGCGGGGCCGGGGUGUGGGCGCUGUGCCCAAGGGGAGCUCCCCGGGAUGUGCUCCCGUGGGUGCGGUUUGGGAAUUGGGGCGCAAUGCCGAUGGGGGAACCCCCCGGGAUGUGCUGCCGUGGGUGCGGUUUGGGAAUUUGGGGGGGCUGUGCUAAAGGGGAGCCCCCCGAGAUGUGCUCCCGUGGGUGCGGGGCGCGGUUUGGGAAUUGGGGGGCUGUGUCAAAGGGGAGCCCCCCGGGAUGUGCUGCCGUGGGUGCGGGGCGCUGCGGGGCCGGGGUGCGGUUUGGGGGUGCGGGGCGCUGCGGGGCCGGGAUGCAGUUUCGGGGUGCGGGGAGCAGAAAUAAAAUCAGCCCCACUGCU